UUUAUUAAAUUUUUUUUGCCUUUUACUGAUUAAAUAAAUGCAGCCAUGAUGAACAUUCAAAAACAAGAAAAAUCUUUUGAACGGUCAUUUAACUAUUGUAUUUCCAAAUGACCUAUACGAGCCCUUAAGCAAGACCCUCAAGGUGAAAACAAAUACAACUCCAUGUGCAAACAAUGUGCUCAUUCAGCACUUCACGGACUAUGAGAAAGCGCAGGAGAUCUCAAGAGUAUCGGUGAUUUGCUGAUAGCAUUAAUACGUUUUGAAGACAGAAUCCCUCACUGAGUGCACAAGGCUAUCUAAUUGGCAAUUAAAGUAACCCGAGACACUGGUCUCCGACUCGUCGAGGUUUAAAGAAGCACACAUAAAACAGAUGAACGAUUCUCACUCUUGGCCAGAAAGCACUUUCUUUUACGAGGCGAGCGAUUAGGGAUUCUGUUCACCUGCGACUGCUUCUGCAGACUCUCGUAAUCGAAGGGAAAAAACGACCGCUGAGAUUCCCACCGCUGCUGUUAGUGGCAGAACUGCAAGCUCAGCCCUCGAGCAAAUCAAAUAUGUGGGCAUUAUCACCGUGGGAGAAUCCGUCCCUAAUCAUAUAACCAGUAAUACUGCUACACGCCAGCCUCUUGUUUUGUUUGCAGUGCUUAGAAUGCAAACAGAUUUCAAGUGAAGUAAUCCGAGGGUCCGUGUCUGGCACAAGAGACGGAUCUGGCACUGUGCGCCGUCAGGAAAGGCCCGGCUGCCUUGGAAACAGAGAAGAAGGCGACCCAAAGGAGGAAAGCACUCAAGAAGGGGGCGGGAGGCAGAAGGAAAAAAGGUGGAGUGUUGUAUGAAGAGAGAGAGAGAGAGAGAGAGAGAGGGAAUAGAGAGCCAGAGGCAGAGUGAAAACACAUUGGAGCCUAGAGAAAGAGUCAACGUGAGAGUAAGUGAAUGAGGCAGAGCGAGUCCGGCCUCGACUCUGAGGCGUUCUUCACACUCCGGCGCUCGCCUCGCUCAUUCACAAAACAAACGCAGGAAGGCGGAGAGGAAACCGAGAGAGAUCUGCUCCGCGUAACAGGAGGCAGCAUAGCAGCGGAGUGUCAGGAGGAGACGUCAGGAGGAGGUUAACCGCAAACACCGACCCCGAGCGAGAGCAGCGAGGCGCACAUCCUCCACAGCGCCACAGAUGCCACAGACUUCCACAUCCUUGAGAGGAAAGCAGAGGGCUCCUGCCGAAGGGGGUCCCGACAGAUGCGGCGGUCCCUGCGCGGGGCCCUCAGGUGUCUGGGGGUGAAGGUGUGCCGGAGGAGCGUUCUGCUGGUCGUCCUGCUGUGGUUGGCCUCCUGGCUCUUCCUCAACGGCCUGGUGUUCGUCCACAGGAACAUGUUCUCUGACUUCUGCACUGACGACAAGAGCAAGGAGAUCCUGCAGAGGGUGUGUGCCGAGUAUCAGCAGGGAGUUCUGACCGGUGACCUCUGCGAGGACCUCUGCGUGGCCGGUCGUGUGGAAUACAAACGCUGCCUCUAUUACGAGAAUGGCAAGAAGGUUAUGGCCGCCAGCUGGCGUGGGGUGCCUGUCGUUCUCAAGUCAAAGCUGGAGAACUUCUCCUCCUAUGAGGCUUUAGCUCUGCUGGAGUACCAGGAUGCGGCGGGAGGACCGGGAGGCGAGGAGGAGCUCUCGCCUCUGGAUGUCGUCUUCUACGCCACGCUGGAGAUCAAGAACUCUCUGGGCUUGGAGACGGGAACUAACUUGACGUUACCCCGGUUGUGGGGCCAAAAGCUGAAGGAGAACGAGCGGACGUACUCGCGAGCGGAGCUGGCCUCGCUCUGGGCUCUCCUUCAGCAGGAGGAGUACACCUUCCUCAGGGUCCUGCAGGAUUUAACCCACCAUGUAGCCAAGAUCCUGGGCUCCUGUGGCCACUUUUAUGCCGUAGAGUACUUGGCGGCCGGACACGCGUGGGACCAGCACAUAUUCUCACUGGAGGAGCUGACGCUGAGCCCCUCGCCAAGCCCCUGGAGCGGACAGGAGAAGAUAACCGCGAGAGAUAUGGUGCCCCGAGUGGCGCUGAGCUUUCUAGAGAUGGUGGAGCAUUUCGAGAAUGACUUUUCUCACAGCUUACACCUCUGUGAUAUCAAACCAGAGAACUUUGCUAUCAGGAAGGACCUGACGGUGGUGGCUAUAGAUGUGGACAUGGCUUUUUUUGAGCCCAAAAUGAGAGACAUACUUGAGCAGAACUGCACCAGUGACAAUGACUGCAACUUCUUCGACUGCAUUUCCAAGUGCGACAAAACUAAAAACAGAUGUGGGCCAAAACGCAAGAACAGUAACCUUCAGGUGAUCUGUGAGAAGAUCUUCAGGCCUUGGUUUUCUCCCACGCUGCUCGGCGCUAAAGCGGGGCUCCCCCUGCAGGUGGAGCUGCAGCGGGCCGUGCAGGAGUGCGCGGAGAUAGACAGCGGGGAGGACGUCAAGCGUACGCGGGCCGUGAGAAAACAGCUACAGGAUCUGCUCGUGGAGCUCAUUCAGGAGGACUCGGGAAACCAGGGUGAAGGCCAGGAACACAAGAUGAGACGCGUCCAUACGGCACUUAAUUUCUGAACGAACUCUCGAAAUGGCUACGAAAGAACAAACUCAGUCAUGUGCAAUUCUGGAGAACAUCUCAGAUUACUAUUACAGUCGAGAAAACAGCUGUUUCCCUACAUUAGCAUAGUUGUUUACUGCUAAUAUUCAAAAUUUCUGCUACCCUCUGGUGCUGUUCGAUAAUGUUUGAAAGAAAAAUUGUAAGUUUUGUUUUUUCUGGUACGGAACUUGGUAAAGGUUUUGGCACUUGCUAUGUGAACACAAAUCAUGGACAUAAAUGGUUCUGAAAAUGUUUAUUUUUUUUUUUAAGUUUCACGUUUUUCAGUUUAGCAAUAAUCUACCGGGUGUCCUCUUUAAAACGAGAUAAGAUAUAAGUGCUGCAAAGCAUUCAAGAUUUAUGACAGUUUAAGUUGGAAAUUUAAUUUUCAGGUAUAUGCUCAAAAAGUGGUAAACAGAAAUAAAUGGAUCAUGACUAUUCCAUAAAUAUAACCUAGUACCAUAAAAUCACCUAAAAAUACAAAACAUUCAAUAAAAACUUUACUCAAACUACAAUAUAGUACAUUCAUUUAAUGUAACAUAAAAUAUAGUACAUUCGUUUAAAAGGCGAGCAGCACCAGAAGCUUAAAAGGUAUAGUUCAGUAAAAUAUUAAAAUCUGUUUUGCUCACCCUCAUAUUGUACUUUUUUUGUAAACCUGUAGUUUUUUUUAUGUGUUCCAUAGAAGGAAUAAAUCCAUACAGGUUUGUAAUUUUUGGGGGGUAAAAUAUCUCUUUAAGAGUGUAGAUAUGCCUCUUACCAUAAAAGGCCCGUUCACACAAGUAUCGAUAAUUAUAUUAGCGUCCACACCGAUGAAUAACAUGGUUUCACACUGCAGUCUUUGUCUCUGCCACUUUAAAUACUCAAGCUCUUUAAAGCAGGAGUUCUGAUUGGCCGCCAAUGUUUUUUAUCAUUCAUCAGCUGGAAAAAAUCAUUUUGAAAGUGGUUCCAACAAUAUUGUUCCACUAUGUUGUUGUAGUUCAGUGGACUUUUAAAUCUGGAAUUAUAUCUUUACUGUUAUCAUUAUAGUUAUUGUCCUCGGUGUAACGGGCCUUAAGAAUAAACGUGAGUUCAUAUUUACCAUUGUUCAGCAAAUUUUCGGCGAAAUGUAGUCAUUUCAAUACAAAUCCACGUGAUCGGGAAUUUUGAAUGAGAGCUAAAUAUUCCCCAAGUGGAUUUUGCAACUCAGUCAUACAGAUUCGCCACGUUGACCAAACGAAUGCUGCUUGGUUUGAUCGUGUUUUCUGUGCGAGCUGCUUCAUACAUCUCUACACUACUGACAAUAGACAAUGGACAUAUUUCCCGUGAAAUUUCGCUAAUGUGACUGAACCUUAAGGAUCUUACAAAAAAAACCUCUGGAUCAUCUCAGCUAAUGUAUCCCUGUUAUUUGCUGAAGAGAAUUUGUCUACCUGUGAUUUUGUAUAAGCAUUUCAAUAAACCAUGGCUCAGGCACAAUCCUUGCUUUUGGUUUCUUACCCGCAGCUGCACACCUUCAAGCCACAUUAUAGUCUGUACGCACAUCAACGCUAUGCAGAGAAUCUAACCGAAAGCUCAAAGAUCAAACCAACAUUUGGUUCCUAUUGACGGAAGAGGAACAAUCUGUAGAUUUGUUUGGAUCUACCUUCAGCAUUGUGGUCUUCACGGGAGAUCAGGUUCCAAUCUGCCUCCAGCUGUCUUUCAGGAGAGGGGUUACAAAGACCAAACACAAGCUUUGGAGGAUGAGAGGAUGAGACCCGUGUUGGGGAAAGUUACUUUUAAAAGGACGCAUCUCAAACAUUGCAGCUGUGCUGCUAUUCUGGAUUGCAUGAAGAACAGGACACAGGAGAAGAAAGUGCAACAGUCUUCAGCAAUAAAACAAACAAAAAAGUUUAUCUAUGGUC